AAAGUUAACCCUUUCAUAUCAUUGAGAAGUAAUUAUAUUUCCUCCCAAAGAAUCUAACCAAACGUAUAUGUGAAAAGGGGAUCGUGCGCGCAAAAGCAGAACAAAACCAUAGUUGAGAUUAAACCCAAGAACAUAACAUAAGACUGUGUUUUUGGCUGAGGAAACAAAGCCCUGAAUCAACUCUGAAUAUUGUGCCUAUGGCUUCCUCCACCAAAUCGCUUCUUCUUUUUCUUUUCAUUCAAUUUUGCUUCUCACUUUUACCCUCAUCAUUCGCUCAAUCGCCUACCCCUGGGUCUUCUGAUGGAUACACCAUUUAUGGUCGAGUCAAGAUCCCUAGUUAUGGAACAAAAGAAUUCAGCCUUCCAGCAAAAGUUUCAAAUGUCAAAGUGAUACUUAAUGGUGGUCAAAGAGUUUCUUUUCUGAGGCCUGAUGGAUAUUUCUCAUUCCACAAUGUGCCUGCAGGGACUCAUUUAAUUGAAGUGGCUGCAAUAGGCUAUUUCUUUUCUCCAGUACGAGUUGAUGUCAGUGCCAGAAACCCUGGCAAAAUUCAGGCAGCAUUGACAGAAAAUAGGAGGGGGCUGACUGAGUUUGUCUUAGAGCCAUUGAAGGAGGAACAAUAUUAUGAGAUUAGGGAGCCAUUCUCUAUUAUGUCCAUUGUGAAGAGUCCAAUGGGUUUGAUGAUGGGAUUUAUGCUGAUUGUUGUCUUCCUUAUGCCCAAAUUGAUGGAGAACAUGGAUCCAGAAGAAAUGAAACGCGCUCAAGAAGAAAUGAGAAAUCAAGGAGUUCCAUCUUUAGCAAGCUUGUUACCUGGUGCGGCAAGAAACUAGUAGUUGAACAAGUAAUGAUGAGAACCGGUGAGCACAUUUGUUUUCCCGAGCAGGAGCUGAAGACAUAUUACGUACCAAGAUUAGAGAAUUUUGUUAUAACAAAUUGGUGCUUAGAGAAAUCUUUGAUUAUUUAUGUUAUGGAAUUGUUGAAUUUGAAAUUUCUAUAGGGAUAUGUUAGCAUGUUUUAUCUAAACUGACACGAAUAGGCUUCCAUGUAACUGUCCUCACUUUCUUCAAUGUUGAUAACCAAUAGACUGCCGAUAUGGAUAAAAUGUAUUGGAUUGCUUGCCGAAACCGUUUACUUUUUACAUUUGGUCCUCAUGCUAAAAAAUAUAUUUGAUUUAUGGUA